GUGAAGGCUUGCCACAUGCAAGAGCAAGAAGUUGGAGAUGGAACUAGCUUUGUCCUUGUUCUUGAUCAAGUCCUGCAGAAAUUAGCCUUCUGAGGCUGGGAUUACCAGUCUCAGAGGCAAGCUCUAUUGCUCCUGCCGUUCUGGAGAUUUAGUUCACACUGCCAUUGGUCAUAGAACUGUGACUAGUCUGCUUUCUUCCAAAUGAAUUUUUAGUCAGAGGUGUAUGGAGAAGAGCACUGUAUGUUUCUGUUGCUUGUGAUUGUUUGCUUCCCUUGUAAGCUUUUCCAUUUGUUUAUGUUGUAUGGCCCUUUUCCAAGGAGGUAGAAGCAAUACGAAUGCACAGCCAGGUGAAAUAUUUGUUGUUUGCUGCACAGGUGAGUGAAAGAUAUGAAAACGUUGGCAAGGAAGCCCUAGACAUUCUUCCAGACGGGGUGUGCUGUUCGCAAUGAACCUUGGAGAUUUUGAAGUGGCAUCUGUGUUGCGUCUUUCAGUGAUACGCAGAAAGGAUGGCACUGAAGGCUUCUUUUGUUGAAGCUUAUUGCUCAGGCCUGUAGCAAGUGGAUAAGAACAUACCUGUGCACGCGUCUAAAGACUUCAGUGGCUUGACUAACUUCUUCAUAGAAGACAAAAGUUGUGGUUAGUUUAUCAGGGUAAACUGAUGGAAUACAUCAGCCUCUGAAAUUAGUAUGACAUUGAACUCUUUGCUGACACUGUGGCUCAGAAAAGACCUGUACUUUCUACUAAAUCUUUACGGAAAUAGCUUCCUGCUUUUAUCUUUCAAGCAGAAAACCCUUUUUCGUAGACUUUGUUGGCAUUGCGAGGAUACACGAAGAGAAUUCUGCAGAAGGGGGGGGUGUGAUUUAAAAGGCUAAGAGAACACACUGAGUGUGUUGGCUUGCUUUCUCAACUGCUAACAUAUCCAAUCAAAGCCUAGGAACUGAAUCAAGAAAGGAAGGGUUGCACAUCUUCCGUUUAUGGCAUUCUCAAAAUGUACGUAGUGUCUUGUUCUAGUUGGACCUACAGAGCAGCCUCUGGCAGACCACUGGCAUUGCAGAGCAUCACCUUGCUGAAGCAGCGCUAUUGAAGUCCCUAAGCAUUUGCAAGGAACAGUGACAAACUGGUAAGAGAUUGCUGUUUGCUUGUGUUAACCUUGCCUGCCUGGGAGCCUGAUUUCCCUCCCCAGCUGGAGAAGCCGGAGGGACAUCAAGGAGGCUGGAAGGGGGCUAUUCAGGGGACCACACAGGGAAGGGGAAGCAACGGCCAGCUGAGGGCUGAUCCCUUUUAAAUGGCUUGAUUUGCUUCUUGGCUCUUGAGUCAAAACACCCAUAGCUACGUUGCAGGACCAGCAAUAUGCCUGCCUGCUCCAGACAGAGCCACACUGUGAUGUCACUGUGAUGGUGACACUGGGUCGUCACGGUGACGUUUGAGCUUCCCCCACCAGAACCCCCAGACAGUCCGUUGAGCCUCACUGGCUGACUGGCAGCACCAGCAGUAGCCUCUGGCAGAAAUGGCUGCAGACGGAAACUCGAGUGACAACGAGAUAAAUGACAUCAAACAGGAGCCACUGCCAGAAGACAUGUCGUACGGUUUUGCUCCAGACGAGCUGUUUGAGUCUUCGGACUCCCCUGCUCCUGAGCCUCUGGCACAGGAUAAAGGAGCAGCUUGUGAUGCUCCUGUAGCAUCAACAAGGGGAGAAAAAGAUCCCCAAGCUCUCCCUGAGGACCCUGAGACCAAACACCUUCCUCAUCAUUCUUCUGAGGAGGACGCUGGCCAGGACAACGUCUUCUCAUCCCUCGGCUUCCCAAGGAAACUCUGGCAACUGGCUGAAAGUGAGGAAUUUAAGGCCAUCUGGUGGGGUCACUCUGGAACCUGUAUCGUGAUCGACAAGGAAAUGUUUGAAGCGGAAGUGCUGGGAAGGACAAGCCCUCCGAGAGUUUUUGAGACUGAGAGAAUGCAAAGUUUCAUCCGUCAGCUUAAUCUCUAUGGAUUCAGAAAACUGCAGCAGGACCUGCAAAGCUCUGCUCGCUUCCUGAUCUUCCUAAAGAAGAGGAUGCAUUUCUGCUCCUAG